AGUAGCGUGGGGUCGCUGCUCGUCCAUUCCGUUGCUUCUGGAGCCUUCUGAAACCUGCGCCGGCACAGGACGGACCCGCGUGCGUUGGGUACACGCAGUACGAGAGAAUUCAGUGAAAAUUCGCGCGAGUCAUCGUCGUAUGUGUUUUUCGCUCGAACGAACGAACGAUCGUCAAGGACCUGAAGUAUAAGCUCAGCAUUUCUGGAGUACACGAUGGAUGAUCAGGUGGCUUCACUGAAGGAGAAAGGAAACGCUGCUUUACAAACUGGCAAUUAUGAUGAGGCCAUUAAAUGCUACACGGAUGCGAUUGCCCUGGAUGGUAACAAUCAUGUUCUGUACAGUAACCGCUCAGCAGCGUAUGCAAAGUCUGAGAAGUAUAAGCAGGCACUGGAGGACGCGGAGAAGACGGUCAGCUUGAAGCCAGACUGGGGAAAGGGUUAUUCGCGUAAAGGCAGUGCCCUCGCUUAUUUAGGUAGGUAUGACGAAUCCAUCCAGGCUUAUGAGAAAGGCUUGCAAUUGGACCCGAGCAACACGCAGCUCAGAAGCAGUUUGGCAGAGGUGAGAGCUCAGAAAACUGCCGCAUCGACCAAUCCAUUCAACUCGCCGGACAUUUUUGUCAAACUAGCGAGUGAUCCAAGAACAAAGGGAUACCUGUCUGAUCCAGAGUACAUUAAACUGUUGCAAGAACUGCGAACCAAUCCACAGAGUCUCGGUACCAAGCUCCAGGACACUAGAGUUCUCACUACCCUCAGUGUACUGUUGGGAAUGAGCGCCGCCGACAUGGAAGAGCCGAUGGAGACCGAGAUGAUGAAUCCACCAGAGCCACCAAAACCUAAACCUGAACCGCCGAAGCCACAAAAGAAGGAGGAAGACAACUUGCCACCUGAAAAGAGAAAAGCCUUAGAGGAGAAGAAACUCGGCAACGAGGCUUACAAGAAAAGAUGCUUUGAGGAUGCCCUGCAGCACUACAAUAAAGCUGUAGAGUUAGACUCGACCGAAAUCGUUUAUCUGUUGAACAUAGCGGCGGUGUACUUUGAGCAAAAGGAAUACGAGAAGUGUAUCGCCCAGUGCGAGAAGGCCAUCGAGACCGGUAGAGAGAACAGGGCGGAUUUUAAAUUGAUAGCGAAAGCAUUCACAAGAAUCGGCCACGCUUACAAAAAAAUGGAGAAUUGGAAGCAGGCUAAGGUGUACUACGAAAAGUCUAUGUCCGAGCACAGAACGCCGGAGAUUAAAACCCUACUCUCGGAUAUAGACAAAAUAAUAAAAGAGGAGGAGAGGAAAGCUUAUAUUGAUCCGGUGAAAGCAGAGGAAGAGAAGGAACUUGGUAAUCAGAAGUACAAAGACGGUGAUUAUCCCGCGGCCAUCAAGCAUUACUCCGAGGCGAUCCGAAGAAAUCCGGACGAUCCCAAAUAUUACAGUAACAGAGCAGCCUGCUACACCAAACUAGCGGCGUUCGACCUCGGUCUGAAGGACUGUGAGAAGGUGGUCGAGCUCGAUCCCAAAUUCAUCAAGGGCUGGAUUAGGAAAGGAAAAAUUCUGCAGGCCAUGCAGCAGCAAGGAAAAGCCUUGACAGCGUAUCAGAAGGCUUUGGAAUUAGAUCCGCAGAACAGCGAGGCGCUAGAAGGCUAUCGUUCCUGCGCCGUGUCCGCUUCCUCUAAUCCAGAAGAAGUUAGAAAGCGAGCGAUGGCAGAUCCAGAGAUCCAGAGUAUAUUGCGAGAUCCGGCAAUGAGAUUGAUCUUGGAACAGAUGCAAAGUGAUCCAAGAGCUUUACAAGAUCACUUGAAGAAUCCUGAUAUAGCUGCAAAAUUGCAAAAACUUUUGGAAUCUGGUCUCAUCGCUAUCCAUUGAAGAUACUUUAGCCAUAUGGGAUACUUAUCAUCAUAUUGCUCUGCUGUCACAAAUUCCUUUAAUAUUAAGGAAAUUCGCAUUCGUGUAUUGCAGAUACAUUAGCCAUAUGGGAUACUUAUCGUCAUAUUGCUCUUAAACUCUGUGUUCAAAAAGCUAUUUGGAAUAAAAGUUACAUUGUACACAUGAUUCUUUCGUGCAAACACAGUGGCCUUUAGUGUCAUCGACGACUUUUGCAUUACAAGACUUGUUAUGGUGAUUAUGUGUAUAACAAUACACAUAUAUACAUAUAAUGAGAUUCUCCGUGCAAAAAUGAAGUGUAAUUGUGAAGCUGUGGACUCUUAAAUAUGUAAUAUUUACAUUAAAACGUACUUCGAUGCGUGAAUAUCACACAUUUUGGAAGCUGAUAGUGUUAUUAUGUUUUAGGUAAAAUCAUCUAAAACUAGAAUAUUAAUCCUUUAAAAUAGUAAAGAUUUUUAUAAAAUUAUUUCUGUAUAUUCUGCACACACUAAUAUCUCCGUUGAUUUAAUUAGUGCUUUUAGUAAAAUUAGUCAUAAUAAUAUAAUGAAUGCGAAGUCAAACUAAGGUGACAACUAAUACGAGGAAUGCUUCGAAUAAACAUCUUUUUAAACCGAA